UGUUUUUUGUCCCCAAUGUCCCCCCAGGAGGCCAUCAUGGACGGGACGGAGAUCGCGGUGUCCCCUCGGUCGCUGCACUCGGAGCUGAUGUGCCCCAUCUGCCUGGACAUGCUCAAGAACACCAUGACCACCAAGGAGUGUCUGCACAGGUUCUGCUCCGACUGCAUCGUCACCGCACUCAGGAGUGGGAACAAGGAGUGUCCGACGUGCCGGAAGAAGUUGGUUUCCAAGCGUUCCCUGCGGCCGGAUCCCAAUUUUGACGCUCUGAUCUCCAAGAUUUACCCGAGUCGGGACGAGUACGAGGCCCACCAGGAUCGGGUGCUGGCCAAGCUCAGCCGCCUCCACAACCAGCAGGCCCUCAGCAGCAGCAUCGAGGAGGGGCUCAAGAUGCAGGCCAUGCACAGAUAUUCCUGAAUUCCCAAAUCCAUGCAAAUUCCUCAGAAUUCCAGCCUGUUCCCACAGAAUUCCCAGAAAAUUGCAGUGAAAAGGCCUGAAAUUACAGGAAAAAUCCCCCCAAAUGUGCCCGAAAUCGAGGCAGAUCCACCCCAAAUCACCCUCAAAAUCAUUCCCAGAUAUUCCUGAAUUCCCAAAUCCACAUGAAUUCCACAGAAUUCCAGCCCGUUCCCACAGAAUUCCCAGAAAAUUGCAGGGAAAUGGCCCCAAAUCGUGGGGGAAAAACGGCCCAAAAUUGAGGCGGAUCCACCCCAAAUCACCCUCAAAAUCAUUCCCAGAUAUUCCUGAAUUCCCAAAUCCAUGCAAAUUCCACAGAAUUCCAUCCCAUUCCCACAAAAUUCCUGGAAAAUUGCAGUGAAACGGCCCCUAAUUGCAGGAAAAUUCCCCCUAAAUGAGUCCAAAAUCAAGGCAAAUCCACCCCAAGUCACCCUCAAAAUCACCCCUGGA